AAACUUGAUAUUAAAACUUAAAAAAAAAAAAAAAAAGAAAACUUAUUGUUGAUCAAUGUGGAUUCCUUAUCGUAUUGCAGUUAACUCUAUCUUUAAGUGAUGUAUGUGAAGAUUUAAAAUAUGCCAUUAAAUUUAAUCGUUCUAUUAAUAUGGAGUUUUACGAUACAAGAAGGAUCAUGUGUCAAAUUAAAGAGAAUAGCUUCACAACCGUUCAACGUAUUGGACGAUUUCUAUGGUUAUCGGUAUAUUUCGAUCAUUCAUUUCGAUGUACCAGAGUAUUCGAUUACCGCGGGAUUCAAAUUUAUGAUAAAAGAAGAAAAAAUCGGCGGAAUAGGUAAAUGUUCUCCGAGAAAUGUUUCAUUGUAUUUGAAAUCCGGUAGUCUACCAUUAGUUCGUCCAGACGGAUCGAUUAUCGAGGCAAAACUUAUGAAACGAAGACGCAAAUACUAUGCUUUAAAUAUGCAAAGCAAUGGUGACGAGCAUAUGAUCAAUAUCGAUUCUCCAAUACCCGGUGACUGGUACAUAAUUGCUUUUCGAUCUUGGACCGAUCCUAAUAGCGACAAGAUCAAGCAACAAGGUCUUGGUGCAUCAUGUGAUACUGUACUCGAUGCUGAGUUGUUAAUAGAGAUGCCAUCUAUGGUAUCCUUAAUAGAUUUUAAUAACGUAUAUGAAAUUAAAUUAAACAAAAGUAAAAAUACUUUUGUAGGAUACAUUUUUAUGCCAAACGAUUUACUAAACGUAAUACUUGUAUUGAACCAAUCUUAUAAAAACAAUUGUAAAUUUGCAAUUCAUGUUAUUGCUCAAGAUUAUCUUAUAGACAGAAUUGUUAAUGACACUAACGUUUUGGUCUCUUUCAAACCUUAUUCAAAAGCAUUACAUUACGUUAUGUUACGUUUAAUAUCCGGAAAUAUGACGAAAAUUUCUUUACGUUUCAAAAACGAUACUUCAUUGGUCGACUCCACUCAAGUUAAAAGCAUAAGUCUGAUAAGAAAAUCAUUACCGGAGUUCUUUGUUUUCGAGUACAAACAUCGAGGUGAAAACGAUACGAAAUCAAUGCCUUUCAAUUUAACCAGCGAUGGUCUUACCGUCCUUGACUUCGAGAUUGCUCGUGUCUACGAUAUUGGUGGUACAUUGACAGUGAACAUAAAUAUGCUUGACGAUAAUAAGAAGGAUCAAAAGAACGUUUUCGUCGUAGCUUGUAUUACCUUGGGAUAUUACUCAAAUAUCACAGCCGGUGGAAGUUGCAUACGGUCACGGAACAUAACUGGGGCAGAUAUAUAUGUGAACGAGACAACUCCGGCUAUUAUUCAUAUACCAUUCCCCGAAACUGGAAGGUGGUACGUCAGUUUAAAAUCAUUUUGCGUCGAUGGAAAAUGUAAUUGCGCUAAGGAUUGUUUGAACGGUACCAUUUGUAAAGAAUGCAAAUGUAUGAAACCGUGUUCCGUUCAAGUAGAGAGCAGUAUAUCUUCGUUGCCUUGCAUCGAAGGCCAUUGUAAUUCACAUGGCAAAUGUAUGCACUAUAUGAGCGGUGGUUUCGUUUUUUCAGCGUGUUACUGUACCGAAGGAUAUCGUGGUUUUGAUUGUGCCGAUGAUACUUACGUUCUCGGCAAUAAAGACAUACUCAUACGUUUGCUGAUGUUAACCAUCAGCAAUCUUGCUUUUAUUGGUUCGAUAUAUCUGGCGAUAUGUCGAGAAUAUUUUACAGAAGCAAUCGUUUACACUGCUGUUAUGCUCUUCUCGAUAUUUUAUCAUGCUUGCGAAACUGGAGAGGAAGUUUACAGUAUUUGUAUAAUGCGACUGAGCGUAUUACAAUUUUGUGACUUCUUCAACGCUCUUCUUUCGAUUUGGGUUACGUUGGUAGCUAUGGCCUCCUUUGGACCAAAGCUCACAGCAUUUUUCCAAAUCAUGGGUGCUAUUGUUCUUGCUAUGAGCUCAGAAAUGGAUCGUACCGCACUCUGGGUAUUCCUUUUACCCGCCAUUACUGGAUCUUCUCUGGUUGGACUUUCUUGGGGACUAACAUGUAAAAGAAGAAAAACUGUUUGGUAUCCUUCGCGCGUGUACAGAACUGUCUUCUUUCCGGCGGGCCUUCUCAUAGUCUCUUUGGGUCUCGUUUGUUAUGCCUUUUUACAAACACGUAGUAAUUAUCACAUUGUCCAUAGUUUAUGGCAUAUUUGCGUGGCUGUUGCGGUUAUGUUUUUAUUGCCAAAAAGACAUUACAUGAAGUAAAUAUGUUUUAGUAAAAUUAUAUCGAAUUCAGGGAGUAUAAAUGGUAAAUAUGGACAUACAUACUCGUAUAUACUAUCGUGCGAAAUAUUUUUUUUUAUGAUCGAUUGUAUAUUAUCAUAAUUAUUAUACAAAAAAAAUUUCUUAUAAAUUACUUAUAAUAUAUAAUAUAUGAUAUAAUAUAUAAUCUU